UCGUUUAUGCGAUAUCGUUCAGCCUCGUGGGCCACUGGUACCGUCCACAGGGUGCGGUCUCUAUGGCCGCGUUCAAUUUCUUCGACUCAUGCCAGAGCACACAGGGGUGGCUACGAUAUGGCUCCAAUGAAGGCUUGCAAGGAACUGCCUGAUAACUUCGCUGAGUUGAGCAGGAACUUGAAGUAUGACGAAGGCGCUGCAUCUCUUGUGACCUUUAGCGAUACAUUAAAUCUGGCUCUUGUAUUCGAAAAUGAACAUUCUAUCCGACAAAAGCUAUGCGAAUUCAAGGAACACUAUAUCUGGAUGAACGUCUCUGUAGUCAUGUAUGACAUGGAGGCUGACACCAACCGAUAUGCCACUAGCGUAGCGCGCUUUGGGGAUUGCGAGCACAAGUUUAACCUCACCCAAGAUGGAUCCCGUGUUUACCUGGCCCGGCAGAUGGAGGAAUUCUUGCGCGUGAACAUAACCACACCAGAAGACUUGCCGAAGUGCUACUCACUUCCAAUUUACCAACCCCACUCUACUGGCUGGCUGUAGGCAGACCAUGGGACACUCGUGCCACAACCACGUCCAUGAACUUGCAGCGCAAGCUGCCGAAAAGGUCACUUUGGCGAGGAAUGGACUUGGCAUCAUGAACUGUGCAGUUUAACUAAACCAGCCUGAUCUCGA